AUUUGUUGGUAUUUUUUGGGAGGGGGGAUGCGGGGAGAGUCUGUUCAAUACGGAGUUCGGCUUUGCAACCGCGACUCUUCCUGCCUGGCUUUUUUCUUUCGAGUGGCACAGUGGGAAAGCUUGUUUUCAUUAGUGUUGUGUGGUCUGUGCUCAACUACGGUUCGACAGGAAUGUCGAGUGCCGUCUGUGUCUGAGCGAGUGUUGUUGUGUUUGUGCGGACUGAGCGUUUGCGAGCGUGCAUCUGGCAACUCCGGGACGGUUACCCGACAUAAUUACGUUUGUAGGGUUAGUAGAAUUAGAAGAAAGAGCUGAAAAAUAAAUACAGAAACCUUAGACAUAUUUACGAUUAGACACAAGUUCUUAGGUUUGUAGAACUACUAAAUUCGCCAUUGUGGCCGGACAGUCGGUACCGGAAGUUUUGGGCUGUCCAUCCCUUAGGGCCUGCAACAAGGCCACAAGUGUCUUCGAGUAGUAAUUUGUCUAAUUAUCUCGAGAUUUAUCACUGCUUCCUGAGCUGAGAGGACUAAUUCCAGUUUCUUGUUCCUAGUGCAUCGAGACCUUUUAGGUAUCUGUGCACUAAAUGAUCGAAACACCUUUUAAAGAAAUUUCGUCGUUCUCACAAUCUUCAUUUGUCCUUCUGAUCCUUUACUCAAUAAAAAUAUAAACAAUGAAAUUUGUAAUAUUUCCUCAAAGUCCCCUCAACCACCACUAACUAUAAAUAAAGGAAAUUUACUUGAGACCAUACUUCACUCCACGAUAAGAAUGAUCAUUAAAAUGUUCGCCAUUAUCUUCACCAACAAGGAAAUGUUGAGAUUAAUCUGAAUCAUCUGUGCUUAGAACAUUGUCCUUCUCAAUGCGUUGCUGUCUUUCAUCGACAUAAACUAGCACAACAAUGGUGUGUUCACAAGUUUGUCGACGAGGAUUGUCAAUCGCGAUGCUUUUGGUUACUUUAGCAAUGUUUCCUCCGACAGAUUGCCGCUUGUGGGAAUUGAAGACUGACAGCCAGAAUGUUACCAUGGAAAACGGAGUGGAGUCCAACAUUGAUUUCUUCCUCACUGAUUACCGAUCUCUAAAUGAAAGCAUACGAAUAAUUGUCCUACAUCGGUUAACUGAGGGAGCUUUUAAAAACAAGUGUCAGAUCGAGCACUCAGCCUCAGGAGGCUGUCGGCCGACACCCGGUCCAUGCCAGUGUGUGGGGGAAAGUUCGGGGUCAUAUCGAUAUCGACUGAGGAUGAACUUUACAGAGCAAGAUGGCGGCCAGUGGCUGUUCCAUAUUGUCAAUCAUAGGGAGAUACAUGUUACCAUCACCGUCAUUCCACGUCCGGCCUUGACAAUCUUCACCAACAGCCAGAGUCUGACUGUGGAAGACGGAGAGACAUCAAUCAUCGACUUCUUUCUCAAUGACUCUACAGCUGUAGACAUCGGCGUGAAGAUAGUUGUUCAACAUAAAAAAGUUAGUGGUGUCACAUUUGACCCUAAAUGUCGCAUACACCACUCAAAGACAGGCGGUUGUCAAAUAUUGUUCGGCCCGUGUGAGUGCAUAGGUGAAAGGUCAAAGACAUACCAAUACCAAUUGAGGAUGAUGUUUACACAACAAGAUGGCGGUCUGUGGAAGUUCGACAUUGUCAGUCAUGAGGGGACGAUUAUUAACAUCACUGUCAUUGAAAGCAUCACUUCGUCACAAGCUCACCAAAGUACAGAGCCUGCACAAGUGACGGGUCUGACCUCUACCAUCGAAAGCUACAGUCUGUCAACUACAACCAUAGUCAUUUUAAUCAUCACCGUUAUUGUCAUCAUCAUCAUCAUAUCGUUGAUCGCAGUUCGUUGUCAUUCCAGGACACAUCGGCCAGUCAUUGGAAGAGCAGGAAGUCCCUCAGAGGAAGAGUAUGAGGAUACUGGCUGGAUGGAACAAGUUCAGUGCGAAGUGCAAAGUUCAAUGACCACUACAUCACGUGACGUGCAGUCAGCUUACCAUCUGGAGCAAACUACUGAAACAAGUGAGAUAUUUUCGGGUUCUUUAAAGGAGGAGGAGACUAUUGACUUCAGAAAGUCUGUCGAGACUGACGCCGACUCCGUAACCUCGACGGCCACAGCCCCAGCAACACCAGAACUACCACCGAGGCUGUACACAUGAUGUUUAACAUUUAACUUGGUGUCUGGAAAUCUUCUAAGAUCUGAAUGUAAUUAACAAUUACAAAUUGCACUCUUACUGUUUUCAGCUGGAUGCACUGACUCCUAAAUGGUGAUUUUGUGUGUGUGUGUGUGUCAACUUUGUUACAGUAUUCAUGCCAAACUGCAAUUUUAUUUAAUUAAUCUUUUUUAUGCACGCAUGUUUGAAUAGCAUGCAUCUUAAUUUUAACUCGCUUUAUAUUUUCCAGACUAAUGGUAGGUAGCUAAAUCGCUUCUGACAAUGUAAUUUUUCUUGCAUAUUCACACCAAUUCAGGAGUGUAGUAAUAAAGACAAUUCCAGAUAAAUAUUAUGACAAUUCUGAU